AGUAUAUAAAAAUGUGGCAAACAAUUUAUUUAACCGUUUAUUGGGUUCAUAAAUCGAUAUGUGCACCGAUUUAUCGAAUUGAACAUAUGGAUGUGAAAACCUGAUGGUAAUAUGAGCUAAGUCUCUACUGACGUAGGUACACGAAUUUAGUUACAAUAGCUUAUAAAUGUAUGCUCUCAUACUGAGCGCAGCCGUAAGCCGCACUGCACACACAUUACGUGUCUAACUCACUUACCCACCCAGAUACAGAAACACAGAGCGAAUGACUGAAGAAAUUUUCGCUUUAUUGUCUCAACUCAACCCAAUAAACAUAUGCUAUUGUGAGUUGGUGAGACACAGGUGAGCCAGCAACUUGGUAGUGAGCUGUCUUCCAAAUCACGUCGGCUAAGAACCUGCCUACAUUCCACAGUUUAAGUUAUGGCGGCAGCCGUAACAAGUUAUUUCUGAUCGAGAUGGUUUCAACGAUUUAGUUACCUGCUGACAUUCGAACGGAUUCGUUGUGUGUGCUCGUCGCAAAUUAAUUAGAAAAAAAGAAGUGUAAUGGAUUGAAAAGAUAUAUUAAACGACGCACGCAUACAUACACAAGUACAAAGCUGUAUACAUAAAUAAAGCAAAUAUUGGUCAGUGAAUGAAAGAAUUCUACAUGUGAAUAAGAGUAAAAUAUUAUUAUCACUUUCCUGUAACAACCACAUCCAUGUGUGGAAACGAAUGUUCAUUCUUAAAAACGCACACAUAUAAGCGUAGUGAAAUCGGUAAAAUAUACCAAAAGGGUCAAUCCGCACGAAAAGAAACUUAUAUACGGCCGGCUAAAAUUUAAACAUAAAAAGGAAAUAUCCAUUUUGGAGCACAUUUCCUCAUAUAAUCCCACGAAAUUCUUGGUUUACAGCACAAAGGUGUGACGGUGAAGUCUAUACAUAUCUAAUAACUAAUUGAUUCAGUACAUUUUUUUUUAAGUAAAUACGUAGAAAUAUGCUAUCGCACCUUAACUGAACAACAACGAACGAAAAUUAACUUCGUGGCAGUGGCUCAUGUUAUCGUUGCGAUCUCACUUGUUGUCGGUGUAUUGGUGUUGAUCAAAAAUGCUUAUGUUAAUUAGUAAUUAACAUAAAAAAGUAAAUUUCUACCGUAUAUCUGAAAUACGACUUGUACCUAUACUCAGGAGCUAAGGCAGACAUUUGCGGAAAAUGGAUUGGGUGGAAGGUGAUUUGGUGUGGUUUGACCCCGGUGUGGGGCAUCCCAUACCAGGUGAAAUACAAGAGGUGCAUCGUGCCGCUCAAGUAAUUGUUGUGCAGGCACUCAUCAAAGGAAAGGCCCAGACGUUUGCACUGCAACCAGGCGAGGGAAAUUUACGGCCGCGACAAGAUCUUGGAAGUAGUGGUGUAGAUGAUAUGACAAUGUUGGAGGAUCUACACGAAGCUUCAUUGCUAUGGAACUUACGUUUGCGCUAUGAUAAAGGUCUCAUUUAUACUUUCGCUGGAAGCAUAUUAAUUGCCGUUAAUCCAUAUAAAAUGUUUCCCGAUUCUUAUGGACUAGAGGUAGCGAAGAAAUACGCUGGAAAACCGUUGGGCACAAUGCCACCACACUUGUUUGCCAUAGGCGCAGCUGCACAUGCCGCAUUACCAUCACCACAGGUGGUAGUAAUAUCUGGAGAAUCUGGUUCAGGAAAGACAGAGUCAACUAAAUUAGUAAUGCAAUAUUUGGCUGCUGUAGUUCCGGGUGGUGGUUCGGCAUCAGCCGUCAUAGCUGAACAAAUACUUGAGGCAGCACCACUGCUAGAGGCGUUUGGUAAUGCUCGUACAGCUCGCAAUGAUAACAGUUCUCGAUUUGGGAAAUACCUUGAGGUUUACUUUAAAAACGGGGCAAUUGUUGGUGCAAAAAUUACGCAAUACCUAUUGGAAAAGUCGCGUAUUGUGACACAGGCGCCUGGAGAGAGAAAUUAUCACGUUUUCUAUGAGAUGCUUGGUGGGCUGUCGGAGACUGAGCGGACAAAAUAUGGUCUGCUUGAAGCUGAUAAAUAUUUUUACUUAAAUCAAGGUGCUACAGACUGCGCACCCGGACGAGUGGAUUGGGACUCUCUUCAAAGCGCCAUGCAAGUCUUAGGUGUUUCAGAAGGUGAACGCGAGGGGAUUAUACGAGUAUUGGCAGCGGUGCUACACUUGGGAAAUGUGUACUUUCACCGUCGCCAACUACGUCAUGGUCAAGAAGGUGUUGAAGUUGGGUCUGAUGCUGAAAUCAAAUGGGCGGCACAUUUGUUACAUAUAUCUGCCGAUGGACUUCACAGAGCAUUAACUAGUCGAAUUACCGAGGCUCGAUCGGAACGUUUACACACUCCACUAGGUAUUGAUCAGGCGCUUGAUUCUCGAGACGCCUUUGCUAAAGCAUUAUAUGCUGGACUUUUCAAUUGGUUGGUAUCGCGAAUAAACUCUAUAGUACAGAAAGGUGGCACCCAUGACGCCCAUCGCAUAUCAAUUUUGGAUAUAUUUGGCUUCGAAGAUCUUGUGGAGAACUCAUUUGAACAGUUAUGUAUAAAUUACGCCAAUGAAAAUCUGCAACUAUAUUUCAAUAAACAUGUUUUUAAACUGGAACAAGCUGAAUAUUCACGCGAACGACUUGAGUGGACACCACUUACAUGGGAUGACAACUUACCAGUCAUUCAUUUGCUGGCUAAAAAACCGGUUGGAAUAUUUCAUUUACUAGACGACGAAUCCAAUUUUCCUCGAGCAACUGAUAUGAGUUUCUUGGAGAAGUGUCACUACAAUCAUGCUCUUAAUGAGUUAUACUCCCGACCACGAAUAGGUGCCCAAGAAUUCGGUAUAACACAUUACGCUGGCCAAGUAUGGUAUUGCGUUGAUGGGUUUCUAGAUAAGAACCGAGAUGCUUUACGAAGUGAUGUAUUGGAACUGUUAGGAUCGAGCAAAUUGCAGUUAGUGGUUGAACUAACAAAGCAAUUGCGAGCUCAACGUGAUUCCGGCAAAACUCUUCCAAAGGGAAGCAAUGGUCGAUUUGUAACAAUGAAACCACGUACACCCACAGUUGCGGCUAGAUUCUCCGACUCACUGCAGCAACUUCUUCAAUCAAUGGGGCGCUGCAAUCCUUGGUUCGUGCGCUGCAUUAAACCGAAUAACGAAAAACAUGCAUUGAAGAUGGAUAUGCCUUGUGUUCUACAACAACUACGUUAUUUAGGUAUGCUUGAUACUAUUCAAAUUAGGCAAAAAGGUUAUCCAGUUCGUUUGAAAUUUCAACACUUUGUUGAGAGGUAUCGCCACCUUCUACGUACGCCACUUCCUCGUGGUACACCAUAUCGUGAAUUGUGUCGUAUUUUAUUGGAGUCUCUUCCACGUACCGGUAUAGAAGGACCCGAUUUUCAACUAGGUGCAACCCGUGUAUUUCUACGAGAAGCUCUUCAUCGAAUGUUAGAAAGUGGACGUUCAGAUCGCCUCAAGUCAGCAGCAAUUAUUAUACAAAAGAAUGUUCGCGGCAUGUUGGUACGACGUCAUAUAUUCCGCAAAAAGAAAGCUGCUAUAAAGAUUCAAUCAACAUGGCGUGGACAUCGUGAAUCCAACAAAUAUGCACAGCUUAAGAAGAGUGUAGUUCAGGUUCAGUCCUUAUGGCGCGGUAAGAUGGAUCGAAAGAGAGUUGCUAAACUUAAGGCUGACUAUAAACGACGAUUGGAAAUGCAGAAAGCACAGAAAGAACGAGAGGCCAAAAAACUCGCCAAAGAGCAUAUAGAGCGAAGCCAAGUAGCUUAUUUGGACAUACCAGCGGAACUAGCUUUUAUUUAUUCAAAGAUAGACGGUUGGACUCCUGUGCAUGGCGAUCGCCAUCUUGUUAAAGUAGUUGGUACCGUACCAGGACCUCCUGUAGCAGGAGAUUUGCCAAAGGAUCUGGAUCAAUUCUCUUUUGGUAAAUUCAGCUCCGUAUAUUGCAAUGGUAUGCGUUUAGCACCACGACGAGAACCGAUUGCAACACCAUUUCUUACACGAGCUGCUUCCCGAGACCAAGAUUUUCAAGAUUCUUUGGCGGUAUUCAAAUUGAUCCUUCGAUGGACAAAUGAUAAGACUUUAGAUGGGAAUAAAGAAAAAGUUCUCUCUGAUUAUAUUGUGCACAAAGGAUUAUCCUCUCGCGGGUUACGAGAUGAGAUAUUGGUUCAACUAUGUAAUCAAGUUUAUAAUGCAGAGGAGUCCUACUCCCAACGUAUUUGGCAAUUGAUGGCACACUGUUUAUCAUGCUUUCAACCUGGUCCUGCAUUUAGUAAAUAUUUGAUGAAAUUUAUAAUGGACAAUGCACCUUCAUCAAUGAAAGAACUCCUUUUGAAAAAAAUUUUGCGCAAUUCAAACAAUACGCAGGCAAAUACUUGUCGAAAUUUCGUACCAUCAUGGGUUGAAUGGCGAGCUAUCUCCAAAAUGUCGGAUAUCGCAGUAUCUUUGACGAUGCCAGACGCUACUUCUCAAACCGUAGCAAUUGAUUCUUGGACUACUUGUGAGGAAGCAGCCUCCCUGGCUAUAUCAACUCUCGGGAUAUCAAAUCGUGGUUGGACAGUCAUAUUAGAUGAUGGAAAGUUGAUCACUGAUUCAUGUGGUUUGGAUUAUGUUUUAGAUUUAAUCUCAGAGAAAGAAUUGUGUCCAGCCUUCCCUGCAGUUCGGAGUGAUCUUUUUAAAACUGGUGCCAAGUUUGUGCGAACAAAUAUGCCUGAAUCUGAAUCAAAUAGCCCUAAAAGGCCGCAAAUUCCACCCCCAGAACCACCAAAAGCUAAAAUGAGUACAUCAAAAGAGUCCCCUAUCGCCGAGCCUAAAAUAGAGCCGCCAGUGAGGAAAACAUCGCGAGACUUGCUGUCACGAAGCUCCGUACUUAAUGAGAGAUAUUUUGAGCAAGAAAAAAAUAGAUCAAAAUCAUUAGAUGACCUACUAGCCGGAGACGUUGCGGAUCUCGAUCCAACUCCCGAACCUGAACCCUUAACAAAUCUUGGUUUAUCUGAAAGUCGACUAAAUGAUAGGUAUCAUUCUGCAGAGCGUUUGACACCCAUGGGGAAAGAAACUGGCCCUCGCUAUCAAAAAUCGCAACAUGCCGGUCGUCGAUCACAUGCUGGUUCUCACUCUAGCAAAUACAUGGAAAAAUCCGAGUAUGCAACUCGUUCGUCGGCAAUGUCAGACACGAGUGAAGCACCAUCGUUGGCUUCGCACGUUCGCCGCGUACGUGUACCAUCCCAAGCUUCGGAUGUCGACCAAUUCCUUGACGAUUUAUUUAGUCCUGUACUAGAUGGAUCUUUGGAUGAAUUAUCAGACGCAAGAUCGUUAGCAGCAAGCAUACGAGGAGGCGGACGGAAACAAUUAGAGAAUACUAAAAACUGCUCUGAUAUUUACGAGUUUUUAGAAGCACCAAACACUCUUCAAUCGUCUGUGGACCUCUUUACAAAUGUGGAUGCCCUCUGCGAAAAAAUUAAAGGCGGUGGCGAUAAAAAGGAUGGUAAUGACGAAUCAUCUACUGAUAAUUUGGAUGAGUACAUAACAGGUCUAUUUAAGCCGAUAUUUAUCAAUGAAGCAGUUAACACAUUAACGAAACAAGCUGAACUAAUAGAGAUCAUUAAAGGAGGUGGUACCACACACACGCAAUCUACAUCUAAUGCCAGUUUCGUCACUUCACCGGUCGUUAGUCCAAUAAGUCCCUUGAUUACAAAUGCGGAUAAUAUUAUGCAAAUGAUUAAUAUUCCUCCUGAUACGGACCCAAACUUAUAUCAACAACAAGUUCAACGUGCGUUUCUACAAUCUGCAAUGGCCCAAAACUUGCAAAUUCAACAGCAAUUAUUGGCACAGAAUCAAGCUUUACAAACAUUACUCAGCCAGCAGGAUGCACCUACGGGUACAACAUCUCCACCCUUAGUACCCGUGUUAACAACAGUUCAGCAAACCAGUCACAUAACAAACAAUGUAAUGACUAACGUAAAUCCUUCACCACCAGUAAUUCAAAAUAAUAUUAGAAAACAAAGUGUUAAAAAUAGAAUAUCUCAAUUUUCUGAGAAUGAGCGAAACAGAAAAGCCUCCUCAGAAAGUGUAGGAUCUCUAAUACCACCUCCACCGCCUCCACCUAUGCCUCCACCUAUAGAAGCUAAAGAUCCAUCAGAAACACGACAUUUUCUUGAUCCCUAUGGUCGAGCGAAGACAGUAAGAAUAGGCAAGUGGCGUUGGCCACCACCACAGGACGCCCCUCAGUUUGAAACUGAGGAAGACUUUUUUGCUUUCAAAAUCCGGCAAUCUCAACGAAAAACUACGCCUCAAUCACAGUUUCACAGCAGUAAUGGUUCAUUGACUGGGUCAGCAAUGGAAUGGGAGGAAUUCGAAAUCGAUACAUCUAAGAGCCCGUCCCCUGUUUCCAAUAUGCCACAAAUUCAUGCUCAAAUGGUGCGAACAACUCUUAAGAUCGAAACAACCGGAAAUAAAAUUUCUAACAAAGAGAUUAUUGAACAGCAACAACAGCAAACAUUAGUAACGACGAAAGUGGCUAAAAAGAGCUUCGAAAUUGGUGCUGAAAGGCCUCCACCAGGAAGUGUUGGGAAACUAAAAUUAAGUUCUGAAAUGCGUCAAAGAUUGGAACAAGUAACUGCUGGUCAUUCUGUCCGUUCAACAGUUAGUACCAAGUCAGAACAGAGAACUCCAGCUAAACUUGAGGAUACAAGAAAACUGAUGUUACAGCAGCAAUUAAGUGGACAUUUUCUGAAUCUUGAAAAUAAACAUGAUAAGGACUUGCCCUCAGUGCGUUCCCAAAUUGAGCGUAUGGAGGGUAAGCUUUCUCCCCCACCAAUUUGGCCCACUGGUGUGCCCCCAGCUCCAAGCGUUCCGGCGCCACCACCACCUAUACGUCCCCCAUCGAUUGCACCGCCAGCUCCACCACCAGCACCGAAAACACCACCUACCCUACUCGAUUUUGAGGAAGAUGACGUUAUCUUCCGUAGUCAAAAUGGUAAAGACAUUCCAGCAUUUAUACAACGUCAAGAUCGAGACACAUUCGGAGCUCGCCAUAACUGGAAUGGCUCUGAUGAUUCGAAGGAGACUUAUGACUCUUGGGGACGUGCCGAAGCAGCCAAACUAGAUAUGGUGUACGAAACUAGUUUUAAGAAAGAAAUUAAAAAUGAACGGGAACGAUCUAGAUCACGAUCUCGUUCCCGAGACCGCGAUGACUUUUCAGAAUCUGUUUGGGAUCGGGCGGAAGUUGAAGGUCCUUCUUCAAGUGGCAGCGAUCGAGAAAAGGAAAAGGAGCGUGAAAAACGAGAACGUAUCUACGAGAUAAGACAAGUUGAACGUGAAAAAGAGAGCAAUAAAGUAUAUCAUCCGGCGCCACCCAAGGUGAUAAUGGCUACCGCCGAACGCACCGAUAAAUCAUCCAUAGUUUCUCAAAUGGAACGUAAGUUUUCACAACCUUCUUUGCUCUCCAACCAGAAAGCAAACACAACUUCAAACAACAUGAAUCCAACCCCAAUCACUGGUCCCGCCACAUUUCGAACACAUAUGGCGCAAAAAUAUGAAAAAGAACGUAAGCGAAAAUCGUCAGCAUCCACAGAACUGUCACAAAGUACACGGCGCGAAGAAGAGACUGAUGGUGGCGACGAAUGGCCAUUACCAGCUAUACCAGCUCCUGUGCCAGCUCCUCCUUCCAUUAAAAGCCCAGCGACCGCAUGUUUCACAUAUAACAGGGUGCCAUGGAGAUUACGUGUCCGUAAAGAAGUCUUCCAUCCGAAUGAACCUAUAGGCCCACCUAUUGCAUUAGAUUUACUCUUCUCACAGGUGGUAUCCGACGUUUUUGGAAUUACUCCCUGUUUACGCAUUUCUCCGCAAGAGAAAUCUGUGGCAGUGAGUAUGCUGAACGGGCAUGGCGUAACAGUUGAAACAAUAUGUAGUCAAAAUGUUCGAGCAUUAGUUAAACGUCACCUCAUCGACAUGGCACGCGGUUGGCCACUGUAUUUUGCUCGUCUAUUUGCAGUACAGGGCGCUCCCCAGUAUCCCGAUGUUUCGAUAAUGGGUAUUUCGCACAAUGGCAUUUACUUAGCACGCCGUGAUGCAGAAUAUCUGAUUGUUGUGCAAGCCAUUUCAUUGAGCGAAAUUCAAAAUGCAAUCACAUUGCCUCGACCUGCAUCAUUGCAGUUAAAUUUACGCAGUGGAGAACAUUUGGCAUUGCACGCAGCUCGUGCGGCUUCUAUUCAGGCGAUGAUUACCACAUUUGUUCAGGAGUAUCGCAAGAGCCAAUCGAAAGCAUCUACAUUGUCGUCGGGUGCUCGUGCAGCUGCACAAACACUCAAUGUUCCCAUUGAACGAUUGGAAUCGCGCCAAUCCAAUCACCGUGAACAUGGAAACGCGGUCAAUAACCAUAACGAUGUAGCAGCAAUGACCUCUGCAAGUGGCCAUGAAAUUAACGUGGAGAAGUCAGUUGCUAUGCAACAUGGGCGACAUAGUAUCGACACAGAGGUCGAUGUUCAUCAGGACGCACACCAUAUAUUAGAUAGCGAGGCAGAAUCAACGACAGUUAAUGCGGACCGUCAUCAGUUCACAAAACAAUCGAGUUACCUGCAUCCUGUUCGUAAAACGUCGAAUACCCAACAACAACAUACGCAGCAACAUCAACUUCAACAUGGUAGCAAUCACGUUUCGAUGUCACAUCAGCUUGAUGCCAAUUAUUUGACAGAGGAACCAAAUGGCAGCAGUGGACCAUCGCCAUCUGUAACUAAAUAUUCUCUUCUUCAAUUUGCCAUGCAACACUUCCGAAAUGAUCAAUACCCUGAAGGUCGUGUGAAUAAUCGCGAUGCCGUUCGAGAUCAUGCCGAUCGUAGAACACCUUCUUAUGCAGAUUUGGUGAAAUGGCAAGGAACUCCGAUUCGUAUGCCGUUGCUGCGGUUACCUAAUGAUCUGGCACCUUUGGCGCUUGAAUGUUUUGAAUGUAUUUUACGCUAUUGUGGCGAUAUACCGCACGAUCCUGAGCUUACUGAAGUUAAAUGCGUUUACACUGUGCUCAUGCAUUGCCACAAAUAUUUGGCGCUGCGGGACGAAGUAUACUGUCAGUUGAUGAAGCAAACGACCGCUAAUCGGUCUCCAUGCCCGGAUUCCGCUCAACGCGCAUGGCGUUUACUGAGCAUUUUAGCAGCAUAUUUUGGUUGUUCAGAUGCACUACGCCCUUACUUAAUGGAACACUUGACAUCAGCAGCUUCGGAUCGACGACGCUCUUGUCAUGGCACCGCCGCAGUUUGUUUAGCCAAUUUACGUAAAACAGCGCGCUGUGGUGGGCGUAAGAACGUGCCUAGCGUUGAGGAAGUUACUGCUGUGUCAGCUGGACGUUCGGCGCGUCGUCAAAUUUAUCGUCUACCAGGAGGGGCGGAACGCGUAGUAAACACUCGCUGCUCUACUGUAGUCGCUGACGUUAUUGCCGAACUAUGUGCAUUACUGAGUGUGGAGUCGGAAGCUGAACAACAGGAGUUUUCCUUAUAUUGCAUUGUUCAAGGUGACGCUUUCACUAUGCCCCUGGCGGCCGAUGAAUAUAUAUUAGACGUCACUACGGAGCUCCUUAAAUCAGGUCAACCAUUCUACUUAAUAUUCUGCCGAUCCGUUUGGCAUUUUCCUUUAAAACGAGAUCCAGCACCAACGCCGCUAUACGUUGAAGUACUCUUUAAUCAAGUGGCUCCGGAUUACUUAGAGGGUUUGUUAUUAGAAUUACCUGGAAACGGUGUACCAAUUGCAGAGAUUGUUCGCGAUAUGGCGCGUAUAGCAGCAUUACUUCAUCGUGCUGCUGAUUUAACACAUGUUCCGGCUAUGAAAGAAAUCAAAUUUCUAUUACCCAAACCGGCGCUUGGCGUUCGAGAAAUCCGUCCUGCACAAUGGGUCAGCUUAGUGCAAUCAGCUUGGCCACAAAUUGCUGGAUUAACACCGGGCCAAGUGAAAGCUCAAUUUCUUACGGUACUGUCUGCGUGGCCUCUGUUCGGCAGCAGUUUCUUUGCGGUGAAACGCAUUUGGGCCGAGGAGGGACCCCACGUCGAAGACAGCAACCCAAUGUGGCGUGAUUUGAUAUUGGCCUUAAAUAGACGCGGUGUGCUAUUCCUGGAUCCAAACACGCACGAAACAUUACAGCACUGGCCAUUCAUGGAAGUUAUUUCCACGCGCAAAGUGCGUUCGGAAGAUGGUGCACUCUUUUUGGACAUGAAAGUGGGCAAUCUUAUGCAGCAACGCGUUAUACGCGUCCAAACUGAACAAGCACACGAGAUAUCUCGACUCGUGCGACAAUAUAUAACAAUGGCGCAAAUUAGCCAAAGAGACAAACGAGAACUGAAUUAAAUUCAAUUUAAGUAGUUUGUUUCGCAGUAAAAUUGAAAUUCUAUACGAUUUCAAUCAUAUAUAUCGUUAUUUCUCUAAUAUAUCUAGUUUUAUAGUAAUAUUUGUAGCUCUUUAAGAUAAUUGAUUGCUGAUUUUAUCAGAAGCAAAAUUCUUGAAUGUGAGCAGCUAUACAAGAAUACAAGGUGAUGCGGCUCGGUGGAUAUUAUAGUAACAUACAUAUACUUGUAUCUGCUAUAUAUAACGUUUUCAUUUGUUCAAAUUGUUACAGUAUCUAUAAAUUCGUACAACAUACAUAUGUACAUACAGUACAUUAUAAAUAUAUCUAAUAAUUAGAGAAUGGAAAAAAUAAAUAUACAUUCAUAUAAUC